UGUCGGACGCCGGGUCGCUUUAUCAGAUGAGAUGUGAGCAGUUGUUGGGUAAUUUCAGUCAGACUGCUCUUAUUUCACCGCAGAGAACGACGCUCCACUGACGCCGACCCCGACAGACAUGUCGUACUGCAGGCAAGAGGGUAAAGAUCGCAUUAUCUUUGUGACCAAAGAAGACCAUGAGACACCAAGCAACGCGGAGCUGAUCGCAGAUGAUCCCAACGAUCCUUAUGAGGAACAAGGCCUGAUUCUACCUAAUGGAGACAUCAACUGGAACUGCCCGUGUCUUGGCGGCAUGGCCAGCGGCCCGUGCGGCUCUCAGUUCAAGGAGGCCUUUUCCUGCUUCCACUACAGCAAAGAAGAGGUGAAGGGCUCCGAGUGCAUCGACAACUUCCGUAACAUGCAAGAGUGCAUGCAGAGUUACCCUGAGCUCUAUCCUCAGGAGGAAGAGAAAGAAAGCUCCCCCGAGGCAGAGUCCAACACUGGCUCUGACUCUGCCGCCCCAGUUGAGGGCUCUGCCUUAUCCCCAGAAACUGACUCUACUCCAGCUGCUUUGAACAUCUCACCUGACAGCACAUCGUCUACAGACAGCCAGUCCACCAGCUAAAGUCAAUCACUCGUCGUCCACAGGCUCUUGUUCUCUGUUUGCAAGCACUGCCCAGCAUAAGUGACUCUCUCCACUGGCCCAAUGUCUCGUCUCUGGUUUUAAUCCAACAGAGAGGGCUUUGACUGACACAGCAGGCCACCAGAGGAAGACUUUGUGAAUGCACAGAAACGUAGCAUAUGUACAAAAGUAUACACUGCUUUGUUUGCUAAAAAGCUGAAAGACUCACUUUAUAUGCAAUAGGAAAUUAAUUUGCUGUGUGUCGUCAUGUUUCCAAUCAGAAGAGUUGUGCGUUGAUCCAUGAUAUGUGUGUUAUUUUUAAUGUGACUGGUCAGGAUGUAAUCUUGGCAGUUAGCUCUUAAUUAAUGAUAAUUGAAGCAGUAACCAUUAGAUUUUUUCAAUCCUUCACUCAAGAGACCAAAACACAGGCAACUGGUGAGAAAACGAGGCUAAUUAAGCACUGUUACAGUUUACAUGUAUUGGACAUAACAUUUGAUGUUCACAGAUUCUCAUUAAGAGCAUGGGUUCACAGGGUCUCCAUCUAUAUCUGGUGCCGUUUCAACUACUGGCUUCUUUUUCUUUUUUUGGCACUAUAGCCGGCCUCGACCAAAGUGGUUUGUCCGGUUUGACUGUCUCUGUGUAAGUGUUUUUGUUUUUGUCUCAGCACUGUCUAGAGUAUCAAGUUGGAUGCUGUCGGUCACCAUUUAAUGUCAUACAGGCCUUAAAGGAAUGAUGAUAAUUCUCAAACAUGUUCAGAUUAAAAUGACUGGA